UCUCUCCUUUAUACUGAAAUUCUAAGAUCCCUCUCACAUUUGUUUUUGGGCAUACAAAUUUUUUUUAGGUAUUUGAAACGGUUCACUCUUCUUUGUAAAGAAUUUCGUAUGUGAAUGUGUGUGUGUGUGUGAGAGAGAGAGAGAGAGAGAGGGAGAUGAGAAUACAUAGUGAUUGUGUACUCUGCUGUCUACAGGAUCAUCCAUUGCGUCGUGCAAUUGGUUAUCUGUUGGCCUAAUCCAAUAACUAGCUUUUUAGCUAAUUAAUUAAGAUAUCUCCGAAAGUUGGCUUGCCAAAUUUAGCUUAUAAAUACAGCGUUGAGGAGAUCAGAAACAAGCCAGGGAUGCGAUGAAGACAAUUGGAUGGCUACGUGAACAUGCAGCUGUAUGGUUCUUGUGCAGGAAGGGUUAUCCCACCAAGGAACGCCUAGCACAAACUUUCGGUUUUUUAUUCAUUUGUGGGCAUGCACGUGCUAAGCUUAGGGAUGCUAGGAAAAAUCAGGUUUGAGACGUCAAUUAGAAGUUGUUAAUUAGCCAUUGAUUACUAUAGUAAUUGGAGAAGCAUAUUAAUUCCCGUAUGAAGAAAUUGCUGUCCAGCCAUUGCUGUCUUCUUUCCUUCUAUUUUUAGGAUAGCUUGUUUGAUAUAUUUCAUCCAACUUAAUUCAUGAUUUGGUUAAUCAGCCAUGGCUUGUUUUGACAGACGGAGCUUUUCCAUUUCUCUUGUUUUGACAGUUGUUUGUGGGUUUAGCUUGGUUUCCAGUUCUUCCCAGUUCCAGAGGUUACAUCAUCCAGCAAAGAGUGAUGGGUCACUAAGCUUUUUGGUGAUAGGAGAUUGGGGCCGGCACGGUCUGUACAACCAGUCCGAGGUUGCUUUUCAGAUGGGAAGAAUCGGAAAGGAACUGGACAUAGAUUUUGUAAUGUCCACUGGUGACAAUUUCUACGAUUCUGGACUGAAGGGUGUUAAUGAUCCAGCCUUUCGAGAGUCAUUUUCAAAGAUUUACACUGAUAAGAGCCUGCAGAAGCCAUGGUAUAGUGUUUUAGGCAAUCAUGAUUACAGAGGCAAUGCCAAGGCACAGUUGAAUUCCAGGCUAAGGAGCAUCGAUCCCAGAUGGUUUUGCUUCAGAUCCUUUAUUCUUAAUACAGGAAUCGCAGAAUUCUUCUUCGUGGACACCACUCCUUUCGUUGACAAUUACUUCACGGAUCCUGAUGGCCAGAUCUAUGACUGGAGAGGAAUCCAGCAUCGACCCUCUUACCUUUGCUCUCUCCUCAAGGAAUUGGACAUGGCAAUAAAAAGAUCCACUGCUAAGUGGAAGAUCGUGGUUGGCCAUCACACAAUCAGAAGCAUCGGUCACCACGGCGACACUCCAGAACUCAUCGAGCGCCUCCUCCCCAUCCUCAAGGACAAUGAUGUGGAUUUCUACAUAAACGGUCACGACCACUGUCUGGAACGGAUUAGCUGCGUUGAUAGCCGGAUGGAGUUCUUAACAAGUGGAGCGGGUUCCAAGGCGUGGAGGGGAGGCGAAAGGAGGGCCAACCAAUGCGCAGUGCACUUCUUCUACGACGGCCAAGGUUUCAUGUCGGUGCAGCUAAACAGCACGGGUGCCUUCAUGGCCUUCUAUGACGUCUUCGGCCGCCCUCGGCACCGGUGGAAUUACGUCCCUCGCCACCUUCACUUCGAGAUGUAAAAUUUCUUCUUUAGUAAGCUCGCCCCGGGGGGUCACAAGUCACUGACUUAUGGCAUAAACUUUAAAACCUUUUUUUAUUUAUACAUUACCAUCAACACGUACACAAAAGUUUUGUACAUUUGGUGCGUGACAGAUACCCAAAAUUUGGGUUCUUUUUGUACAGCAGUAAUUAAUCCUUCCUUCCUUCCGUGGGAUAUAUAGCAGUUGUAAUUGUGAAUUAAUAAUAUAUAAGUAAUUUUCACGUUAA